AUGCGAUGCUUCUCUCGUGGCGUGUCAGAGGAUGGCGAGGGCGGCGUGGAGGGCGAGGACAACCAACCUACAGGGAGCGCGUCGCUCCUCGAGCACUUGAAGCGCCGCAUUCGCUACCAGUCGGGGCCGCUGUCGGUUGCCGACUUCAUGAGCGAGUGCUUGACGAACCCCGAGACUGGCUUCUACCAGGCCCAGGAGGCGUUCGGGUCCGCGGGCUCCUUCAUCACGUCCCCGGAGAUCUCCCAGAUGUUUGGCGAGAUGGUCGGCGUGUGGGCGGCCGCCACGUGGCACGCCAUGGGCACACCCGGCCGCCUGCGCAUCGUCGAGCUCGGGCCAGGCCGCGGCACGCUCAUGGCGGACCUGCUUCGCGGCACCAAGGCGUUCGCAGGUUUCAGCGAGGCGGUCGAGGUGCACUUGGUCGAGGUCAGCUCCACGCUCCGCCGCGUGCAGCGCGAGUCCCUGGAGUGCGGCACGCCGCUGUCGUGCCUCGAGGGCGGGUCGACGCUCGACCCCGGAAAGAGCGGCAUCUCCGGGGCCCACGUGUUCUGGCACCGCACGUUCGACGACUUCUGCGCGGAGGAGCCGAUCGAGGGCCGGAGAGAAUCUGAUUUGGUGCCAACGCUGUACAUCGCGCACGAGUACCUGGAUGCGCUCCCCGUGCACGUCCUGCGCCGGCUGCCGUCCGGUGGGUGGGGUGAGGUCCUCGUGGAUGCCCCGGACGACGGCCUUGACGUCCCGAGCGAAAGCGGAGACACCCCCCCCGUCGAGCUUAUUCUCCCCCCCUCCGUCGGCGCCGCGCAACCCGCCGGGGACGCGCCGGACGAGCUGCGGUUCGUCCAGUCGCCGCGCAUGACUGCGGCGGCGGCGCUCGGGCUGCGGCAGCGGCAGCGCGACUUGGAGGCCGAGGGGAAGGGGGGUGUGUUGGAGGGGCUGUCGGGGCUGGAGGUGCCGCUGGCGUGCAUGGCGGUGACGGAGCGGAUCGCGCAGCGCGUGGCGCGCGAGGGCGGCGCGGCGCUGCUGGUCGACUACGGUCAGGACGGGCCGUACGAGUACAGUCUGACUGCGAUCAAAGACCACCGGGGGGUGCACCCGCUGCACCGGCCGGGGCAGACGGACGUGUCGGCGUGGGUGGACUUCAGCGCGGCGCGGGCGGCGGCGAAGCGCGGCGCGGAGUCGGUGCUCUGCUUCGGGCCCGUCACGCAGGGGGAGUUUCUAGAUCGCCUCGGAAUUCACGCGCGGUUGCAGCAGCUGCUGUUGAUGUGCACGAGCGACGAGGAGCGCCGCGACCUCGUGUCGCGGUGCGAGCGCAUCACGCGCGGGACCUACACGCCGCCCCCGGGCUCCGGCGGCCCGGAAGGCCCACAGCCGGGCCUUGGGGAGACGUAUCGAGCGAUGGUGAUUGCGCACGAGUCGCUUACAGAGGCGCCCGGGUUUCCCGCAGCGGCCCCAGAGGCGUAG